AUGGCGCACAGGCAGCAGCAGCGCAAGAAACGCCUUGAAUGCCCCCUUUGUCAGUUCCAUGACAACGACGAGUAUGUACUCCUGUUACAUAUAGAAGCGUUGCACACAGAAGACUCCCCAUUCGUGGUUAAGGAAGAGUGCAAGAACGCCAUUAGCGGUAGCAUCGGUGGCCGUGGAAAUUUCAAUUCUCUAGACUACGAAUUUAGAAAAGUUGAGAGCGAAGAGACGACAUAUGUCCUUUGCCCUGAGUCCGGGUGCGGGGAGUCUGUGUUGUUGAUGGAGUUACAGACUCACCUUGAUUUCCACGAUGCAGAACAAAUAUCCAUGGAGGAUGUGAGACAUGAGGAGGGGUAUAGAAGCUCAUCCGGAAGCUCGAGCGGGAAUUCUCCAGCGAGUUCAGCCUCGAGUCAUAAAGAGAUGGGAAUUGCAAGGGAUUCUGUGUAUAUGGAACGGGAAAGUGGGAGUGGUGGUUGUAAAUCGGCAAAGGAGACGAAUGGUGGUAGCAGCAGAAGUAGUAGCGGGACUCGAAAAAGAGAGAAAAAGGAAAGCAGAAGUUUGUUCCUAGGAAGAGAUGGGAAUACGAUAAUAAGGAUAGGGGGAAACAGUUCAGGGAGAGUGAUCGGCGAAGAGAAAGAGAUGAGCGUAGGGAUAGUAUCCACAAGGCAUCAAUCGCCGAAAAAAGUAUCUUUCCCACCGGGACAGCGCAAAGAUACCGUCUAUACAAGCAACAGUUCAAGCAGUUCGAGGAGACACGAAAAAUCAACACCAAGGUCAAAUACAGUCAACCCUUACAAUGACAGUAGGGUCAAACGUUUGGGUAAAUCCGACCUUGGGCCAUACGCCCAUGAACAUCAAAUGCCUGAUUGGCUCCGCAAGGAACUUGAAAGGGGCGGCAAAGUCAGCACACACACCAGGAUCGACAGUGCGACUAAUACUAUUGUAAAAACUGUGUCAGUAUCCAAUGAAACUUCAGAUCUACUUCCUGUAAUUGCGCUUCUGUGUGAGCGUGACCCAAAUGUUGCACGCGCCUGGUUAUGUCAUCCAUGGGUAAAACAUGUGGGAAAGCAAAUCAUGGGAGAAGGUGGAUUCUGUGGAUAUAGGAAUAUUCAGAUGAUGAUCAGCUACAUUCAAGCUGCCUUUCCGAGGGGAAGCCAUCCCUUCGAAGGAGGGAUACCUUCUAUAUUAAGAAUACAAGACUGGAUUGAAGAGGGUUGGGAUAAAGGCAUCAACCCCAGCGCAAGGCUAGAAACUGGUGGUAUUAGAGGCACCAGAAAAUACAUAGGAACAUCAGAGGCUCAAACGAUGUUACUUUCUCUCGGGAUCUCCUGUCGUCCGUUCCCAUUCAAUAGAUCUGAAGGACUUCAGACCCAGCAUCAUUUGCUUGACUUUGUUGAGAGUUACUUCGAAUCGGGUACAGCUCAAGGGCAGGUCAUACACAGAGUUUCGCGGACCCAGAAACCGCCAAUAUACUUUCAACACAGCGGACAUUCGAUGACGAUUGUGGGCAUUGAGAAGACUUUGGACGGUAUGAGAAACCUACUUGUCUUCGAUCCAUUCUUUACUCCAAGCAUACCCAUGAAGAAAUUGAUUGGGAUGAGACCUUUGAAGGGAAGGCUGGACUCGGAGAUGUUGUUGAGGGCAUAUAGGAGGAGAAUGAAUUACCUACAAAAGUAUAAAGAGUUUGAGUUGAUUUGUCUGGACGUAUGA